UUCGGUAUCGUGUGUUCUUUGUGUCGGAGCUCAUUUGAUUUUCGAUCGCUUGGCGCGGCAGUUGUCAUUCCGUCUCCUCCUCCGCCGUACCAGUGUUUUCGCAAUCGCAGCUCUCUCGCAAAUCUGGCGGUGCGCUGCGGGUGUGCAGUACAGAUACUUCCAACCAGAUGUGCAAUAAAAGUGCUUAAAUUGUGUAAAAUCCAAGUUAUGCCGUCAACUAAACAAUUAUAACAAAGGCAGUAAAAAUAAAAACACAUUCUCAAACACAACAGCAUUAAAUCAGCAGCAACAACAACAAACACAACAACGAAGAGUGAACGGCCUGAAAGUCAACAACAGCUGCUUACAGUUUGACAGCCACUGAGCGUCAGCGAUCCCCCGCGACGCUCUGCUUCUUCCUCUUUGACGGGAUUCCAUGCAUGAGGCCCUUCUCGCCAUCUCGUUCCCACUGAAAGUACCGUUCUACGGAGUCCAUCGGUGGCGGUGGCCCACAAUCGACAACUGCCGGUCCAUCCGCUGGUAAUGUGGCAAAUGCCACCACAGCCCUAGCCGGUGGUAAGAGCUCAAGCAAUAACAUGUAUUCCACCCGCCAAUCUGUAAGCACCACAACCGGUGUUCUUAUGGUCGGACCAAAUUUUCGUGUCGGUAAAAAAAUUGGCUGUGGUAAUUUUGGCGAAUUGCGUUUAGGCAAAAAUCUUUACAACAAUGAACAUGUAGCAAUAAAAAUGGAGCCAAUGAAGUCAAAGGCUCCGCAACUACACUUAGAGUAUAGGUUUUAUAAACUAUUAGGAUCACAUGCCGAUAACGCCCCAGAUGGCAUACCACGCAUUUAUCAUUUGGGCACUUGCGGUGGCCGUUACAAUGCCAUGGUUUUAGAGUUAUUGGGAUUAUCAUUAGAAGAUCUCUUCAAUAUUUGCGCCCGUAAAUUUUCACUUAAGACUGUAUUGAUGAUAGCGAAACAACUUCUCCACCGGAUCGAAUAUGUUCAUAGUCGGCACUUAAUAUAUAGGGAUGUGAAACCAGAGAACUUUCUCAUUGGCAGAACGUCAACAAAACGUGAAAAAAUUAUACAUAUAAUUGAUUUCGGUUUGGCCAAAGAAUACAUUGAUUUAGAUACAAAUAGGCAUAUACCAUAUCGGGAGCAUAAGUCCCUAACUGGAACGGCACGUUAUAUGUCAAUCAACACGCACAUGGGGCGUGAGCAGUCGCGACGCGAUGAUCUGGAGGCAUUGGGACAUAUGUUUAUGUAUUUCUUAAGGGGUUCACUGCCGUGGCAAGGCCUAAAGGCUGAUACACUCAAGGAGAGAUAUCAAAAAAUCGGUGAUACGAAACGAGCAACGCCCAUCGAGGUGCUUUGUGAUGGACAUCCGGAAGAGUUUGCGACAUAUUUGCGUUAUGUACGGCGGUUAGAUUUUUUCGAAACUCCCGACUAUGAUUUUCUGCGAAGACUGUUUCAAGACUUAUUCGAUCGUAAGGGAUACACCGACGAGGGCGAGUUCGACUGGACAGGGAAGACAAUGUCAACGCCCGUCGGAUCUCUGCAAACUGGCCAUGAAGUCAUCAUUUCACCAAAUAAAGAUCGUCAUAAUGUUACGGCUAAGACAAAUGCCAAAGGAGGUGUUGCUGCGUGGCCUGAUGUGCCAAAGCCGGGGGCAACACUGGGCAAUCUAACGCCGGCCGAUCGGCAUGGUUCAGUACAGGUUGUGAGUUCGACGAAUGGCGAACUAAAUCCGGACGAUCCCACGGCCGGACACUCAAACACGCCCAUCACACAACAGCCGGAAGUCGAAGUGGUUGAUGAAACAAAAUGUUGUUGUUUCUUUAAACGAAAGAAGAAGAAAUCGACGCGCCAAAAAUGACUAGACGGUGUACAAUGUAGUCCAGAACGCGAGGCAGUCACCCUGCUGCGUGCCACUUCACAUUCAAACUCACGGGAUAGCGUAUUGAAUAAUCCGAGUCAGGAUUAUAUCCAGCAGGCAACGUCGCAGCAUACGUUGCGUUAUCCUCCAUCCGCGUCGAUGUUGACGCCAACACCAACUACAAACACACCGACACUUCCGUUGUAAUUUAUAUAAAUAUAAAACCAGAUGCAAAAUGCAGAAAGCAACAAAAAAAUAUUAAACGAAACCCAACAACAAAACAUAAACAAAAACAAAGCAAAUGAACCCCGUACACAUUAAAUACACUAAAAAACAGUAAAAACAAACAAAAUGAAACCAAUUUUGAUUAAUUAUUGUAAUGAUUGUAUUUUAUUAUUAUUUUUAUUAUUUACCAAUUUUGCGUUUAUUAUAUAAAUUAUUAUAAUUAUUAAUUAUAUUAUUAAUUAAUGCUAUUAUAAAUAAAAAAGAAAACAAAAUUCAAACGUAAUUCAAAACGACUAGAAUCGAUACGGCGACUCAAGCCAGAAUCACUCACAGCCAGGGCAGCUCCUCCCGUCGGUGUCUUGUGAAGGGAAACGGAAAGAAAGCUCCCUAAAACCACUACCACUAUCAAUACCCCUCAGAACCCCAUUGCUCUUAACUGAAGGAAACUUAAACACACAAAAACCACUUAAAGCAUAUUUAUAUAUUAUAUACAUAUUAAAAGAGACAAAAACAAAACUAGUGCAGCAUCAUUUAAUGAGAGAAAGAAGAACAUAUUUAUACGCAUCCAACAAACUUGUAAAUUAUAAUGAAAGAAAGAAAGCGAAAAUAAACAUCAUUUUUUAAAACUAUUCAACUUAAUAUAUGUAUGUAUGAAGCUACAUGAAAUCACCUUAGGCGUUAUACGUGAACCAUUGUCAGAUAAAUAGCCAGGCUUUAAUGGUCGUAUAUUGAAUUUAAUUCACUUUUUCUACGUUCACGGAAUUCGCCAUUUUCUAGCAGUCUUUUUCGCUUGACUUUUAUUUGGGAGUAUAACCAACGCAACUGGAUACUGAAAAUUAAUAUUUUCUGAGAAAUCCUAAAGUUUUACCCUAGGGGGAAAAUGAAAGCGAAACUAUGGAAGUCACCUUUCUGCAAACGAAAAAAUAUAUACUUAAUAUAAGUAUGCUUCCAUGUCCAACCAAAUGUUCAAAAAAAAGAAAUAGAACUAAUUAGAUUAAUGGACUUUCCAUAGAAAGAAAUUAAAUAUGGGGAAAAUUAAAGUGAUUUCAAAGAUCAGAUUGGUGGAUAGACAUUUGGCUAAUUCAGAUUCUGAAGGGGAUCUAUGGUUUGUGGAUGUGUUGGUUUUCAGUGUCUUAAAAAGUAACACAUUUUUAAGUACUUAAAUGUGAGUACUUAAAUUCAAUUUAAAGCUUUUCACGAAUAUAAAGGUUUUAAAACGUCAGUAUAUUUUUAGUAAAAAAAAAAAAAAAUACCCGUCUAUUGAUCAACAUUUUCGCUAUUUGUCUGAUAAUGGCUAUAUGUAUAAAGCUAUAUGAUGUACUAGAUAUACAGUAUGAAUCAAUAGGCAGCUUGGUUUAGCUCUGUUUUGAAUGCACUUUUCUAUACCUAAUAUGUACAUAUAUAUAUAUAUACAAGUAUUUUGAUAUAUAUACACGUCUAUGUAUCGGAUAAAUCAAAAUCUAGAAAUCGCUUUUGUAGUCGAAUUAAUUUGGAGCAUUUGAUUUCGGAUCGUUUCUUAGAUAAUUUCUUGGUUAUGAUGUGCGAAGUUAGCGGAAUAAAUUGUUAGGAACUUCACAAGUUUCCGCACAGAUCAAUCACUUGAUAGGUAAAUACUAAUGUACUGAGCCAUUUCUUUGAUAUUACGUGAUAUGAGUACUAAACUACUAAAAAAGUUGCCUGCAGCUAAUACCGACUUCCCAAAAACACACAUCUCCGACUCUGAACGAAUUUGAUUUUUCUUUACACUUCUCCAUGAAACGCGAAAAGUAAAGCUAAAAUCAAUAAAUUGUAUGUGGAAAAAUAUAUUUUAAA